UCCAGUACUCGCAUUUAUUUUUUACUAUCUCCAUGAUUUACAUUUUUCUUAUAAGUCUUAUUUGGUCAAAUUCUUGAGCGCUGUGGACACUCGUGCUGCUCUUUUCUCGCAGAUUCAGCUUUCGGUGACACGUCUGCGUUCUGUGAACGUUUGGACGACAUAAAGACGAUUGGCCAGGCUUGUCUUUCUGCCCUUCAGCUGACAAAUCAGAAUGCAACUUUUUUCUGACCCGGGGUUACUAUACGAGUGGAACGCGGUGGAUGUGGAGGUUGACGGUCGACUGCAGCGCGGCCAUGUCGUCGGCAUGGAAGAGAACGGCAGCGUUCCGCCGCGUCUCAUCGUGGAUUUCUGGUGCCCGGCUCAGCGAUCGGUCGUGGUUGAGUACGGAAGAAUCAUCCAUGGCCGGCUGGAUCACGAUUGCAUCGCGAGCGUAGCGGCUGGCAUGGAGGUGCUGGUGCUGCUGCACGACUAUCCGGGUCGCCCUUGGAUAUGGUAUCCCGGCACAGUUCUCCACUCGUGGACGAACGGACGCCUACAAGUCUACGCUAUGGUGGAAGUAACGCGGGCCGAAUAUCGUUCUGCCGAAUUAGUUCCCUGCAGCCAGAUCCGGAGGUCGAUGACGCACGAAGCCUUCCAGCGCAAACUUGUUCGACCGCGGGAUUUUGUGAUGGGCACGUGCCGGGUGCCGGAAGGCUAUCGGACGGAAUGGGCUCGCAAUCCAUCUACAGCGGAGUCGCUACUGCGACAAGUGCAGAAUAAAUUUCGUGUAACGUUCUUCAGCAUUCGCAGCCGGACGAUGCACUAUGUCCGACGGAGCGGCACGGCUGCUGUGACGGAUAAAGCUGUGGCCGAAGCAUUCGAGCUUACAAGGCAGAAACGUGGCCGUAGAACAGUCUCACCCCGUAACGAGCAUGCCAUGGAAAGUGCGGAGGCUACGCAAACGCUGCCGUACGAGCCGCCAACCACGAAGCCGCCUAGUGUCGAUGAUAGCCAGUUGGCAUUGCCAUUGGAGUUGCUGAAAGAGGUUUUCCUGUCGCUGGACACCGUUGAUCGGCAGCGCUGCCGCCGCACCUGUCAACUGUGGGAGGCGCUUCUGACUUGUGCGGAUACAUGCAGCGAUAUCCGCCUGACACGACGCGAGUACGGUUUGUUCAACCCUAAUAACGGGUUGUAUCAGGACCACGGAUAUGAUUACGUGGUGUACGCGUGUCUCUUCAAGCACGCAACGGCCGCCACGCGCACCAUUAUCCACCGCGUUUAUUCAAAGCAUGUCAGAUAUGGUCCAACGCAUUGUGACACACGGGAAGAUUUGACCGAAGCCCACGACGCCAUAGUAUUGGCUGUAAGCAUUCUGGACCGCGCCGGUCUUCGCAUUCACCGCUGGAUAGAGUACGGGCGAUCACUGGUCAUCCCGAUGCGUCGGUAUGGCGGCUUUAACUGGCGUAGGUUUUGUGCUGAUCUGGUGGGGCUGAAUGCCCAGCUGGCGUCUCGCUGUGACCGUUUGAUAUGGGCCAAGUAUUCAUUGGACUGUCAGAACGAAGGUGAAGGGGUGUUUAUGCGAGUUCGCAUUCCCUGGGCUGUCUUCCCGCUGAACAGUAUCGAUGAGGCACAGAUGUGGGAUGUGUUCGAGAAGCAUUUGUGCGGGGAAAGCCGGUUCGAUGCGCAGUGCAUUGCCCGCUUUAUAGCCGGUUCGAGUAAUAGCCGUGCGAGAGCCAAAGAAGUGAAACGAAUUCUGGAGGUUUAUCAAGCCUGUGACCCGCGAGCGUCCGCGCAUUAUCGCGGACACAAGUGGACGUUGUCUACUGUGCCAGCAGUGGACGUGCGCCAGCUGAACAAAUUCUGCCUGCUGGCCCUGUUAGACUACAUGAAUUGCUAUGAAGUGUUUGGAAGCGAAGAUUCCAGCGAGUAUGGAUACAGCUCCAGCGACCGCACCGAAGACGAUUAGCCAAUAACCUGCUGAGCAAGUUUAGUCUGUAUUUUCGUUGUUAACCGUGCUAAUUACGCAAUAGCACUACACCGGCAGAAUCGUUCUUGGCGCCGGUAUACUUUUGAUUCUUUGUGUUCGCUUUAGUUUUUGGAGUACAAAAUGCAAUAACCUUUACACAACGUUGACUGUUUGCAGCGCAUAAUUUUGCUUUUAACACCAGUGUUUACUCGUAGUUGCGCGCAUUUUUGUUUUUGUUUUGUUGGCUUUAUGACGAAAUUUCCGACGGAACGGGCGGCGACGAAAUAUAUAACU